AAACUGGCUGCAGAGGGAGAGGAGGGUGCUGAGGGGGGGAAACUGUCUACAGAGGGACAACAGCAGAAGCAGCAGCCAGGCUUUGACAUGAUCUACACCAUAGAGGAUGUCCCGCCGUGGUACCUCUGCAUUCUACUGGGCCUCCAGCACUACCUGACGUGUUUCAGCGGGACCAUCGCUGUGCCCUUCCUACUGGCGGAGGCCAUGUGUGUGGGACAAGACCAGUACACGGUCAGUCAGCUGGUGGGAACCAUCUUCACCUGCGUGGGAAUCACCACACUCAUACAGACCACAUUUGGAGUCAGGUUACCUCUUUUCCAGGCCAGUGCUUUUGCCUUCCUCAUCCCUGCCCAAGCCAUCUUAGGACUGGAAAGAUGGAAAUGUCCCCCUGAAGAGGAGAUUUAUGGGAACUGGAGUCUUCCUCUGAACACCUCCCACAUCUGGCACCCAAGGAUAAGAGAGAUCCAGGGUGCCAUCAUUGCGUCCAGUGUGGUGGAGGUGGUCAUCGGGCUGGUGGGUCUCCCUGGUCUCCUGCUGGACUACAUCGGGCCACUGACCGUCACCCCCACCGUGUCCCUCAUCGGCCUGUCUGUCUUCCAGACCGCCGGGGACAGAGCCGGCUCUCACUGGGGCCUCUCGGCACUGUGCAUCUUCCUCAUCGUACUGUUUGCUCAGUACCUGAGGAACUGGUCCUUCCCUCUCCUCACCUACAACAGGAAGAAAGGCUUCAGCACCGCCAGGGUCCAGAUCUUUAAGAUGUUCCCGAUCAUCAUGGCCAUCAUGUUGGUGUGGUUGCUGUGUUACAUCCUGACCCUGACUGACGUGUUGCCCAGUGACCCCAGCCAGUACGGGCAGAAGGCACGCACCGACGCCCGUGGUGACAUCAUGACCCUCUCCCCCUGGUUCCGGGUCCCUUAUCCCUGUCAGUGGGGGUUGCCCACGGUGACCAUCGCCGGAGUGCUGGGCAUGUUCAGCGCCACACUAGCUGGCAUUGUAGAGUCUAUCGGGGACUAUUACGCCUGUGCCCGCCUCUCUGGGGCACCCCCGCCACCUAUCCAUGCCAUCAACAGGGGUAUCUUCACAGAGGGUGUUUGUUGUAUUAUAGCAGGACUGCUGGGUACAGGAAAUGGCUCCACCUCCUCCAGUCCCAAUAUUGGAGUUCUGGGAAUCACUAAGGUAGGAAGCAGGAGAGUGGUGCAAUACGGUGCGGCCAUAAUGCUCCUGUUAGGAACUGUGGGGAAAUUCACUGCCCUCUUUGCAUCGCUGCCUGACCCCAUUUUAGGCGGCAUGUUCUGCACCUUGUUCGGUAUGAUCACGGCUGUGGGCUUGUCCAACCUGCAGACUGUAGACCUCAACUCAUCUAGGAAUCUCUUUGUCCUUGGCUUCUCCAUGUUCUUUGGCCUAAUGUUGCCCAAUUACCUAGACUUGCAUCCCGGCUGCAUCCAAACAGGAGUUCCAGAGGUGGAUCAAAUCCUUACAGUGCUCCUAACCACGGAGAUGUUUGUCGGAGGCUUCCUGGCGUUUGCGCUGGAUAACACCAUCCCAGGCACCAGGAAGGAGAGAGGGCUGCUGAACUGGAAGGCUGAUGAGAGCAGUGGGGGAAGCUCAGCGAACAUGCGUAUUUAUGACUUCCCCGUUGGAAUGAGCUGCGUUAGGAAGGUCAGCUACCUGCGCUAUCUACCCAUCUCCCCCAGCUUCCAAGGCUUCACGCGGCGCAGACGAAAGGACAGCGUGCAGGAAAACAUGGAGGAUGAAUUAAGAGAGCGGAAUGAGAGUUUACGCAUGGACACAACAAUUACCUUGGCCUGCACCAAAGUAUAGUAACCCUCCAAUGAUUCAUCUUUCAGAUAAUUUUUUAUACUGAGCUGUAUUUUUCACAGCUAUUUAUUGUUUUGGACACUUAUAGUUGUAAUCGAAAAAUGCACUGUCUGCAAUUGAGAAACAGGACAAUGAACAGUGACUGGGCAAAAUGAUGCCGAUGUUGUAGAAUGAUGUUGUCGUUUUUAUUUACUGGAGCACAUCCCUCACCGCAUUGAUUUGGGAGUUGUCUACUGUCCCCAUUGUUCUACCCACCACCUCACAGCAUUAUGUUUGGAUGUUGAAGAACAAAGAGUCAUAUAUUCGGAUGCGUACUGACCUUAUACUUGUAUGUAGACAGUAUUGAAGAAGCAGAGACAACAUUAGCAGUGUUUAUUUAGUCUUUAUUGUCUAAGUAAUGAUAGUGUAUCUCUUCUGAUGAUCGGAACUCAAACAGGUGUGAGGUAAUGCAAAACAUUUAUGAUAUAAAACUAAAGUACAAUUAAGGAAAGCGUUCCUAUGUUUGACUGUCAAAUGUUUGUUUACAUUAUUAAGUGUUACAAUAACAUGUCAAAACAGACUAAUGAGAGUAGAGCUGUCGAUGAACAGAUUUACAAACUGACAAAAAAGUGCCAUAAGGAAGAAAACCCACAGGCUUCUAUGUCAAGUCAAUUGUACUGUAGGAUUAACUGAGAGAGACCAUGAAACAACACUGCACCGAUUGGAAGACUGUGACACGGGUGUGACCUCUAGAAGUGAUUCUAAAAAGGCGCAAACCAAGAGGCUAGGAUCUAUUGAUCUAUCAAGGAAGCACAGGAUCCGUAUCUUUAUGACUGUUCAUGAUUGAUUUCACUUAGACAUGAUGAAAGAUGUUGAAUUGAAAUUUCCCAUCCACAUUACACCCUGAGCCUUUGUCUGCCAAGGUCUCUGUCAAUAGUGCCCAUUGCAGUCUGCCCUGGCGAUUAGUUUGUAAUCUGACGACAGCUGCCCUCUCGUUUUGUUCAGGCCUCUCUCCUCAAGCAAACAAUGGUGAGAUGGAAAAGACAACAAAAGCUUUAUGAAGGAAAAAUGUGAUCCUAUCAAGCUUUGUUGUUAUUUUUAGAAAACUUUUCACUCAGUGUAAAAAAAAAAUAUCAACCACUAGCAAUCGAAUUUCUACGUUUCUCCUUUGAAAUUUGGAAAAAUAUAAAGAAUGUUAAUGUUAAGAAUGUGUUUUAUCUAUAUUACACAACUAUACAUGGCAAACAUUACCACAAAAAAGUUUUUAUGUUAGAAAAUGAGUAAAAGAUCAUCAAGUAUCUGCCCACAAAUACACAUUGUCAAUAGGAAAGGGAAGAGGAGGGUUCAAGGAACCAGUGCCUUUAGAAAGUAUUCACACCCCUUGAUUUAUUCCACUUUUUGUUGUUACAGCCUGAAUUUAAAAUUGAUUAAAUGUAGAUUAUUUUCACUGGCCUACACACAAUACCCCAUAGUAUCAAAGUGGGAUUAUGUUUCUCUAAAUUUGUACAAAUUAAUAUAAAUAAAAAAUGCUGAAAUGUCUUGAGUCAAUAAGUAUUCUACCCCUUUGUUAUGG